CUGGUGUUGGGAUGUUCUGGGCCCAGCAAGAUAAAGCUGAACCGUUAAAACAUAGCAAAACAAAAUGAAUCCCUAAACAUCAAAUCAAUUGCGUACGAAAUUGAAAAUGGCCUCAAUAAUUUAUAAACACGAUGAAUUGCCAAAGUCAGUGGUGACAUUGUUGGAAAAAGGCAAGUUUGUCCAUUUGGGAACUGCUGAUUUGAAAGGGUUACCAGAUGUUGCCUUGAUGAAUUACUACUACUUGCCAUCCCAUGAAUUAUACUCAUCAACCCCAAUUGAAGGGAAUGAAACUGGUCCUGUCGAAUCCUACAACUCUCAAGAACAUACAUACAUCAUCUUAGCUACAGGUAAAAGCUCUGUCAAAUAUAAAAAUAUUGAACAAAAUCCAAACGUUUCCUUAUUAUUUCACGAUUGGACAACGGCAAAAAACAUUUUCCAAAACAAUGAUGCUAGUAAUCUUGAUCAAUCCAAUCUAUUUAAAGUGCUACAAAGCUUGAACCAAACCGAAUUGAGUCAAGUAAGUGCUACAUUAUCAGGUAAUUGUAAAAUCAUAAAAAAUAAUGAUGAGUUGAACUAUUAUAAAUCAAAAUUAUUAAAGGAAAACCCAGAUGCAAAGGUAUAUAUUGAAGGUGAAGACAGUUCAAUUAUAUUGGUUCAAAUCACUAGUGCAAAAGUCUGUGAUUCAGAUAAUAACACAAGCGUUUAUAAUUGA